GGAGGUGUGCUGUACGCUGCCAGUGUGUGUGGCUCGCAAGUCGGAGCUGUCACCAGACGUACCGAGGCAGAGUGGGCGUCCUCUGAACCCUCGAGCUCGGCGGUCCGGAAGCCACCAUGGACAACAAGGAGUUAAUUAAAUACUUUAAGUCUCAGAUGAAAGAAGAUCGUGACAUGGCCUCAGCAGUGGCUGCCAUCCGGACUUUGCUGGAGUUCUUGAAGAGAGAUAAAGGAGAGACAAUCCAGGGCCUGAGAGCAAACCUCACCAGUGCCAUAGAAACCCUAUGUGGCGUGGACUCCUCUGUGGCAGUGUCCUCUGGCGGGGAGCUCUUCCUUCGCUUCAUCAGCCUUACCUCCCUGGAAUACUCUGAUUACUCCAAAUGUAAAAAGAUCAUGAUUGAACGGGGAGAGCUUUUUCUCAGGAGAAUAUCACUGUCAAGAAAUAAAAUUGCAGAUCUGUGCCAUACUUUCAUCAAAGAUGGGACGAGAAUAUUGACUCACGCCUACUCCAGAGUGGUCCUGAGAGUCCUGGAAGCAGCCGUGGCAGCCAAGAAGCGUUUCAGUGUGUACAUUACAGAGUCACAGCCUGAUUUAUCAGGUAAGAAAAUGGCCAAAGCCCUCUGCCACCUCAACGUCCCUGUCACUGUGGUGCUGGAUGCUGCUGUUGGCUAUAUCAUGGAGAAAGUAGAUCUUGUCAUAGUUGGUGCUGAAGGAGUUGUUGAAAAUGGAGGAAUUAUUAACAAGAUUGGAACCAACCAGAUGGCUGUGUGUGCCAAAGCACAGAACAAGCCGUUUUAUGUGGUUGCAGAAAGUUUCAAGUUUGUACGGCUUUUCCCACUAAACCAGCAAGACGUCCCAGAUAAGUUUAAGUAUAAGGCAAAUACCCUCAAGUCUGUGCAGAUGGGACAAGACCUCAAAGAGGAGCAUCCAUGGGUCGACUACACCUCCCCUUCCUUAAUCACCUUGCUGUUUACAGAUCUGGGUGUAUUGACGCCCUCAGCAGUCAGUGAUGAACUCAUCAAGCUCUAUCUAUAACCUCUGGGUCCUCUCCCACCAGCGUACAGCUCACAGAGUUGGGGCAGGCAAGUGGUCUCUUGACCCCCAGUGAGUGCAGCCAAAACUGAAUUGUUUUUUAAUGAAGGUUUAUGGCUAAAGACAAAAUCAUAAAUCUUGGAGAAUCUUACUAAUCUCAGCCUCAUCUAAAAGGUGUUCAUGGUUCUAAAACCCAACCUAAAUUUUGUGCUUUCAGUUUCCAGAAACUUUCAUUCAUUUUCAGUUUCCAGAAAUAACAAGUUCAGUUACUGGCCAUGAAGACAGAAGAUGUACCCAAGUCCACCUCCCUUCAUCUUCCCCUGCACUUCAUACUGAUUUGCCAAAAGCAUCAAUGAAAGAGGCCAAAAAGCAGGUGUUCCUAACUGCAGCCAGUCACCUCUGCAAUAAAUGACUAACAGCUGGCCAGGAAACCCUUUCCAUAUGGUGCCUUGUAGGAAAAGCAAGAAACAUUUGCUAAAUUUGCAUCUGGCUUACAGAUAGAGUAGAGGUUGUAUGGAGAGAACAAAAGGAAGGCAGAAACAGCAUUUAGCAGUUGUAUCCUACAUGGCUUACCACUUAUAAAGAUGCCUUCUGGAAUAUUUGUAAACUUAGGUUCUAUAUCUGUAAAAGAUGUGAGUUUCCUUUAAACGUGUUUGGGUCCUAAACAGCCUUUUAAAAUUAUACUUGGGAACCAAUUCAGCAUCUUUUCAAAUAAAUUAUAUGAAAGAUUUUGAAA